CGACAAACACCAACCGCAAUCAUGGGAUACACCAAGACAGACGAGUUGGCCAUCAACACCAUCAGGACCCUCGCCAUCGAUGCCACAUUCAAGGCGAACAGCGGCCACCCCGGCGCUCCCAUGGGAUGCGCUCCCCUCGCUCACGUCCUCUUCAACAAGUUCAUGACCUUCAACCCAAAGAACCCAUCAUGGCUCAACCGCGACCGAUUUGUACUCUCCAACGGCCACGGCUGCAUGCUCCAAUAUGCUCUCCUCCACCUGUUCGGCUACGGCGUCAGCAUGGAUGACCUGAAGGCAUUCCGCCAGCUCGACAGCAUCACCCCGGGUCACCCUGAGGCUCACGACACACCCGGUAUCGAGGUGACCACUGGUCCCCUGGGACAGGGUUUCGCCAACGCUGUUGGUUUGGCCAUUGCCCAGGCUCACACCGCGGGCGUGUUCAACAAGCCAGGCUUUGAGCUUGUCAACAACCACACAUACGUACUUUUUGGUGAUGGAUGCGCCAUGGAGGGAAUCGCCAGUGAGGCUGCCUCCACCGCCGGUCACUUGCAGCUCGGCAACCUCAUCGCCAUUUACGAUGACAACCACAUUUCCAUUGACGGCGACACCAAGUGCGCCUUCACCGAGGACGUUAGCAAGCGCUUCGAGGCAUACGGCUGGAACGUGAUCUGGGUCAAGGACGGCGACAGCGAUCUCGAGGGUAUCGAGAAGGCCCUCUCUGAGGCCAAGGCCGUCAAAGACAAGCCAACCAUGAUCAGACUCACGACCACCAUUGGUUUCGGCUCCAAGCUCCAGGGAACUGGUGGCGUGCACGGAAACCCUCUCAAGGAGGACGACGUCAAGCAGGUCAAGGAGAAGUGGGGUUUCGACCCAGAGAAGACCUUCCAGGUCGCACAAGAGGUUUACGACAUGUACCACAAGCACGCCGCAGAGGGCGCUGCUGCUGAGGAGGAGUGGAAUAAGCUGUUCGAGAAGUACAGCAGCGAGCACAAGGACCUUGCGGCCGACCUCAAGCGUCGCCAGACCAAGGCCCUGCCAGAGGGCUGGCAGACGAAGCUCCCGGUCUACAAGCCAUCCGACAAGGCCGUUGCUUCGCGUAAGCUUUCCGAGAGCGUCCUCGAGGCCAUCUACGAGGCCGUUCCUGAGCUCCUCUCCGGAUCUGCCGAUUUGACCGGCUCCAACAACACCCGCUGGAAGAGCGCCGUCGAUUUCCAGCCACCAAGCCUCGGCAUUGGUGAGUGGAGUGGUCGUUACCUCCGCUACGGUGUGCGCGAGCACGCCAUGGCCGGUAUCAUGAACGGUAUCUCUGCGUAUGGUACCCUCAUUCCAGCCGGUGGCACUUUCUUGAACUUCGUCUCCUACGCCGCUGGAUCGGUCCGUCUCUCAUCUCUCUCGCACCAGCGCGUCAUCUACAUCGCCACUCACGACUCCAUCGGUCUCGGAGAGGACGGUCCUACCCAUCAGCCUAUCGAGACUCUUGCACACUUCCGCGCUCUGCCAAACAUGAUGGUGUGGCGCCCAGCCGACGGCAACGAGACUUCUGCCGCAUAUUACGUCGCUCUCACAUCCACCGGCACCCCGUCCAUCCUCGCAUUGACCCGCCAGAACCUGCCUCAACUCGAGAACUCCACCCUCGAGAACGGCAUCAAGGGUGGGUACGUCGCUCUCGAGGACAAGUCUGCUCAGAUCACUCUCGUCGCCACCGGUUCAGAAGUGUCUCUCUGCUUAGAGGCCGUCAAGAACCUCAAGGACAACAAGGGCGUCGCUGCUCGUGUCGUGUCGAUGCCUUGUAUGGAGGUCUUUGAUGCCCAGCCGAAGGAGUACAAGCUGUCGGUCAUCCCAGACGGCAUUCCAGCUCUCAGUGUCGAGGUCAUGAGCACCAUGGGAUGGGAGAAGUACACACACGAGCAGUUCGGCCUGAACCGCUUCGGUGCUUCUGGCCCAUACAAGGACGUCUACGCGAAAUUCGAGUUCACCCCUGAGGGCAUCUCAAAGCGCGCCGUUGCCACCAUCGACUUCUACAAGGAGGUCAAGCCUCUGCGCUCGCCGCUCAACCGCGCGUUCCAGCAGCUCAUCUAAGGGGGUGCUAGUUGCGGCUUGAUGAAUGUUUGUCUGAAAGAUUGCGAGCUAUGUUAAUGCUCUUCUAAGGCGAUAGACGGACGAAACCAAAAGACAUUUACGAAUUGAAACAAACUUCUUUCCAG